AUGACGAGCACAGAGAAGAAGUCCAAGGAGUCUCAACUCAACCGAACCCCGCACAAGUUCCAAGUCAACGAUGUGGUGCUCGCCAAGGUCCGCGGUUUCCCAGCAUGGCCAGGAAUCGUCAUGGAUGACGAGAACGUGCCAUCUGCCGUCUUGAAAGAACGACCUGUAGCCAAGCACAGAGAUCAGUACACCAUUCGCUUCUUCCCCGCCGCCGACUACCACUGGGCUUUCUCCAAGGACCUCGAGCUACUCAGCAAGGACAAGAUCGACUCCUUCCUCGCAGGCCCAAAUCGCAAGAAGGGCGACCUCAGACAAGCCUACGAGAUUGCUCGCGACCCUCACUCUUGGAACGAGGAGCAGAACAAGAUUGUGCGCAACUACGAAAAGUCUUUGCAAGAUGCAGCUGAGGAGGAGGAAGAGAACCAGGAUCAGCUUGAAGAGGACGAGGAUGGUGACGAACCUUCGAGCAAGAAGAGGAAACGCGAGCCUGAGAGCGGCAAGAUUCGCGAAAGUGCCGACAAGCGCAAGAAGUCCAAGGCAGCCGAGGCUGCCAAGACCAAGGUUGAGAAGCCAAACAGCAAAGGUGCGGCUACAAAUGGAGAGGACAAGUCGGACGAGUCCUUGGAUCCCGAGGCCAGGCAGGUCAAGGAAUGGCGACACAAGGUGCAAAAGACCUUCCUUGGCAAAGACGGCAAGAUCAAUCCAGAAGACAUGGAAGCAGCAGAUGCCACUUUCAAGACCGUCGAGGAGUACGAUGGCAUGACAGCCGAGCACCUGCGAACCACCAAGAUCGGCAAGGUGAUGAAGCGCGUUAUGCAGCUCAGCUCAAUUCCUCGCGACGACGAAUUCCACUUCAAAGAUCGUGCAGAGAAGCUCUGCGCCAAGUGGGGAGUCAUCAUGGCUUCUAGCGACGGACCCAAGGAGUCGGCCGCUGAAGGAUCAAGCGAGCCAGUCAAGGAGAAUGGUGACGCUGCUGCCCACGCCGAGCCAGAACCCAAGAGCGAGGCCGAGGCUCCUGCGGCUCCACCCGAGAGCUCUUGA